AGAGAAUGGACGUGGGCUCGCCUUUCGGGAUGUCCUCUGCAAUUCUGCGUCUAUCCCACGCUUAAUCUUGGUGCUCUCUCUGCCUCUUCUUUGAAAUGAAGCGUCGCGAAGGGUGAGCAAAAUGCGACCUAGACAAGCCAUGUUGGCCUUCCCACACCUUGAGCGGCCUUUGCGCUGUGGCCGUGUGGCGCAUCAUGAGAUCUUCACCGGCUCAUGCCGUGCACACCAUUGCCGGUCACUUCGACAUCGUUUCUGCCACUUCCCAUUCAUAUGCACUCGCGUUUGGGCUACAAGGGUGCAUCCUGAAGCGCAUCAAGCGGUCAGCCGUACACUGGUGCUAACAAGUGGAAGCCGAAGCUGCAAUGUCGUCGAACGGCCAACCGCAAGCCAAGGGGUCUCGCAACCGCAACCGCACGUUCGCGCUUGCCGGUGCGACGCUUGCCGUUCUCUCGCUCUCAUACAGCGUAUACCGAUGGUAUCAAGCGAGCAAUGCCCCUCGACCCCCCUCUCUCCCGCGAUCCGCGGGGCUAGGCGGAUCAGCGAGCGGCGCGGAUGAUUCUAGAAGAAGCCAAGCUGCAACGGGACGCACUGCAAGGAAUGGGGCGAGCCGCGGUCAAGACAUGCAGCCCCUCGCGGCGCGGCCGACGCUCACUCUGUCGCUACCACCUGAGUUUCCACACACUCCGCAAGCACUAGGGCUACUUUCAGACAUGCUAUCGGAUCUGGCACCUCACUACCUCAUCCAUCUCAUUAUUCCCGCCGCCCCGUCCAGCAGCGCACCGUCGUCGCGAAGCCCCCCGGCCUUGGACGAGGUGCACACGCUAUCCGAAGAGGUGGACGUCGCUUUCGAUCUCACAGCGGGGAAUCUCUCAAGGACUUUCUCACAUAUCCAGAGCUUUGACGCGCGCCGUAUUCUGGAAUACAGCAAGCCGGAAGGCCGGCAUGCGCUUGCCAGAGCUCUCGCAUGCGAUGCGCACCUGCACGUACUCCUCGCCCCACCGUCAGCCCAUUCGGCGAUUGCAGCCUCUGCUAGCACAGCGGCCGGGGAAGUCGACGGCUAUGUGAAACACGAGGAAGGCAUUGAUGAACCGGCAUCUCCAAGCGAGAUCCUCAUACUCGACGAUGAGACCGAAGGUGAAGCGCUACGGCAGGAAAUCUUGAGACUUGAGCAGCUGCAAAAGUCCUGCGGUUUGGUCAUCAUUCUCUCAUUGACGCUGCACACCGCGAAAGCAAGCGGAAAGAAGGUGCGAUGGCUGCGAAAGGACAACGAAGAGGUCUCACGAACAUUCGAGGGACGCCCAGGUUUCCGCGUGAGCGAUCUCGCCAGUCGUGCGGAUGUAGAGGGUGCUUGGAUGGAGGGCACUGCACGGUUGAUCGAGCUUCGCAGCGGCUGGCGAUAGUAUCUAGAAGACCCGACGUGUAUCCCUACCAAGAAUUAGGUCUGGCGAGGUCUUCAUGGCAAAGGAUCAUUCGAAACUCGGAGAUGGGCUGGUGUACGUUCGUUGCAGCGUCAUGAGCUUGUCAUAUCGUGAAGCCUAAGAAUACAAGAG